AUGCUAGAGCAUGUCAAUCACGUUGGACCUAGGAGGACCAUCGUUCAGCAAUUAUCAGAAAGAGGGGUGUCCGCAGAAGAUGUCGAUACCGUAUUGUUCAGUCAUGCUCAUUGGGACCACUCGCGACCCAUCAGCGACGUAUUUCCAAAUGCGAAAGCGUACUUCGGACCGGGAACAAGGGCAGCAUGCCAGCCAGGGCAUAUGAAGGAUCCGAGCCUGCAGUGGGAUGGCCGCUUCUUCGACCCGGAGCAUUCGACCGAAAAAUGGGACGAGCUACAAGGUGAAUGGAGACCUUUUGGCCCGUUUGAGAGAGCGCUGGACUACUUUGGUGACGGCAGUUUCUGGGUCCUCGAUGCGCCUGGUCAUAUGCCAGGCAACAUGGCUGCUGCAGCAAGACUGCAAGGCGGCGAGUGGGUGAUGCUUGGUAGCGAUUGCUGUCAUUCGCGGGAUUUGUUGGACGGCCUACGAGAAAUUGCGGAGUUUCAGGGACCAGGGGCAGUGAGCAUGUCUCUUCAUACGGACCUCACUUCUGCGAAAGAUACCAUUGCCAAGAUACGACAGCUGGAAACCAAUUUUGGUGUUCACACCGCGCUCGCGCACGACGCGUCGUGGUUGAAGCAGGGCACAGAUCAAGUGCUCAUGUCGCUGCUGGACAGCAAGAUGCGCGUCGCAGCCAAGGAGAAGAUACCGUUUGAUGAGAUACCAUAG